UUUCAGAAUGUAAGUGAAUAAUUAAUUUCAGAACACAGCUUGAAGUGAAGGAAAGCUGACAUAUCAAAACUUAUCGAGUCGACUAAAACAUGGGAGUCCAUUCAUUAUCUCGCCUGAAAUCUGUUGACUUUCUGUCGAAUCAAUUGUUGAAAUCGAAAUGGAGGGUGGUGCUCGUUCUAAGUUUGACUACCCUAAUAUUCAUAUUCUACACAAUGCCAAUGGACUCUGUUUCACCACAUCAUCGUCCAAAAACCAAAUUAAUUUUUAUGAACAGAAACCUAUGCGUUUCAUCUGCUGCAAAGAAUAACACACAACGAACUGCAGUUAUUGUAGUACUCUCGUCUAGAAAGAAUUCCGAGCGCAGAAAUUUAGUCCGUCAAACCUACGGUUCUGUUAAAAGUGCAAACAAUGUGCAAAUUCUAGCGGUCGUUUUUCUAUUGGCAAAUUCAGACGCACACAAUAAUGAUGUCGACCGUAAUAAGCUACAAGUUGAAAGUGAUCGUUUCGGCGAUAUUAUUAUGGGAGAUUUUGUAGAUUCAUACAGAAAUCUGACACUAAAAACGAUCAUGGCUUACGACUGGCUAACUUCACAUUGCAGAGAGGCUCAAUUUGUGGUCAAAACCGACGAUGAUGUCGUCGUGAAUAUUUUUGAACUAACCAGGCGAUUGGAUUCAUUGUCACCAGCUGAGAUGGUAUCAUCAAACAUAUGGUGUCGCGUAGAUCAAAACGAAAGUACAGUCACCAAUAUAAGCAGCAAAUUUUACGCUUCACCAGUAGACUUUCCGAACGACAAGUUCCCGAAUCAUUGCAGUGGGCUUGGUUAUGUAACGACAUUCGAUGUGAUUGAACGGAUUAUGGAUGAUAUUUCAAAAUCAUUUCCGGCCAGAGUUUGUACGCACGAAGACGUUUUUAUGACAGGUGUUGUCGUGACGCACAUAAAUUCAAAUCCGAACUCUGAGCCCAUCAAACUUGUGUCACUACGGCACAUGUUCAGUAUUGCUUUGGAAACUUGUCGAGAAGAUGACGACCAGUUUCUAUUGAAUUUUGUCAAAAAUGCGACCAUGGACACGGAAAUUGAAAAUUGUCGGUCUUUUCGGGAAAGGAACAACAAAACCAUUUUUUUCCUAAUUACUCACAAUGAAGAGUUUGAGGGGGUAUUACGGCGAUUAUGGCAAAUAAUAAAGAAAAGUUUUUCAAAUUGAGAAAAAAUUGCAUUUUCGCUCGGUUGUGCUCCUUUUUGCGUUAGACUUAUAGAAUUUUCAAAGGUUACGUAAUAUAAAACAUUACAUUGUAUUGGUAGCAGGGGCCGAUUAGCAUUUACAUCACACUGGACAAUUAACCUUACAGCGAUGCACAAACAAAUUUUAACAAGACUUUUAUG